CAUUUCCAGGACACCCUCGGUUUGCCAAAGGCGCCAAUUAAAUUCGAGGCUCGCUCGGGUGCCUCCUCGUUCAAAUUCAAGAUAAAUUUGACCUUUCCAGGCGCUACCGUUCCUUUUUAGGAGAAAGGCGACCAGGAGGAAUGUUAAAAAGUUUGCGUCAGUGUUGUUUGGGUACAUGGGAAAUGACGUUUGUGGAUGUUCUGGAAAGAGCCAGAUUUUUUUCCCCAGGAGCCGGGCGGAAUGAGUUUUAUAUAAAGGCAGUUGCAGGCAGGGCAGGGUGAGUGAGUGAGUGAGUGAGCAAGCAAGCAGCAUCAGAAGCUUAUCAGCUCAACGUUGUGUGGCUGUCAGGAGUGUAUCAGGUAAUUAACCUACAGGGCCAGUUCGGAGCCUUUGCCUGCUUUGAAGGGAGACCGCAGCCUUUCUGCGUACGAUGGGCAAAGAUUAUUACAGUAUUCUGGGGUUGCAGAGAGGAGCUUCCGACGAUGAGAUCAAGAAGGCUUACCGCAAGCAAGCACUGAAAUGGCACCCGGAUAAGAAUAAGUCGCUCAACGCGGAGGACAGGUUCAAAGAGGUAGCAGAAGCCUACGAGGUGUUGAGCGACCCCAAGAAGAGGGAAAUCUACGAUCAGUUCGGAGAGGAAGGUUUGAAAGGAGGCGCUGGUGGGAGUGAUGACCAGGGAGGAACGUUCCGGUACACUUUCCACGGAGACCCUCACGCCACCUUUGCUGCAUUCUUCAAUGGUGUCAAUCCCUUCGAGAUGUUCUUUGGAAGGAGGAUGGCAAACGGCCAACAUGAAGAAGCCAUGGAUGUGGACUCUGAUAUUUUCAGCCACUUUGGAGGCUUUAGCAUGAAUAACUUCCCUAGGGAACGGCACCGAGGAGGGAUGAUGGGACAGAUGCAUCGCAAACAGGACCCCCCCAUCAUCCACGAGCUCCGAGUGUCCUUGGAGGAGAUCUACAAUGGCUCCACCAAGAGGAUGAAGAUUUCCAGGAAGCGACUGAAUCCUGAUGGCCGGAGCCUCAGGAUGGAGGACAAAAUACUAACUAUUGAAAUCAAAAAGGGCUGGAAGGAGGGAACUAAGAUCACAUUCCCAAAGGAAGGCGAUGAAAUGCCCAACACGAUUCCAGCAGACGUAGUUUUUGUACUGAAGGAUAAACCUCAUCCCCACUUCAAGAGGGACGGAUCGAAUAUUGUCUAUCAUGCUCGAGUCAACUUGCGGGAGGCUUUAUGUGGUUGUACAAUUCACGUGCCCACCAUGGAAGGCAGAUCCGUCUCGUUAACGACACAGGAAGUGAUUAAGCCGGGCACAAGAAAGCGGAUAAGCGGCAAAGGGUUGCCAUUCUCAAAAAACCCCAACCAACGAGGUGAUCUCAUUGUGGAGUUUGAGGUCACCUUCCCAGACUUUAUAUCCACAUCAUCCAGAGAGGUGCUGAGGCAACAUUUACCCCUGUCGUAGAUGGGAGGACUAAUUCCGUUUCACAGUAGUAUCACACUCCUAUACAUAGUGAAGUAUUGUGCUUGCACACCCUAAGGAGAAGCAUCAGUGACUGUUUCAAGAGAUUUUUCAAGCAGCAAUAACUUUUUGUCAUGUUCUUAAAAGGCAAGCUUUUCACUGUGUUCUGCUGGGUGCAUAUGUGGAACUUUUUGUAUGUUUUUUUUUUAUUUAGCAAAUUGUGUAUGUAGACAUGAAGGCUGGCUGACUUAAGCCAGUAUCCAUUAAAAGACUGUCAGAGAAACCAAUUCUAACAUGUCAAUGUGAAUGGUCCAUUCAAGAACUUGUUCUCAAGGAUGAAUUUCCAGGAUUUGGAAUGCACUAUGUGCUAUUAGCAACAUGAUGUCACUUUACCCAUCAUAUAAUGUGUUUUUAAAAAAAAUCUGUUUGGCACUUUUGUAAAGAAAUGUACUAUAAAUCAUUUAAUAUGUCCAUCACAAAAUAAUUUGAGCCCUUAUUUCUGUACACUGCCAAUUAACGCCAGCUGCUUGGACAAAUGACAACAUGAUAUUUAAUAAGAUUAAGGUGCAGAUUUAUUUAACUGACUUACUUACCUAAUUCCAGUUCCGUCGCCGGUGUUUAGAGCAGCAACGAAGGUUCUUCAGCUCCGGCAGUAUUCAAGUCUCCAUCGUGUCGGUAGCUCAGUUUUCGCUACCAGUCAGAGUUGUUAGCCCUGUGAUGAGCACCGCUCCCCUCCCCCCUGGGAGGUCCGGCCGACUACUCUUAGCCUGGCCUUUACCCUUUGACCUGCAUGUCAUGGGUGACCCUACCAAGAGCCAAAGCAUAAAGCCCUGACUCCAGCCAACGUAGCUUUCCGGGUCAUUGAGCGCCCAAACAUAGAAAUGCAAUGACAAGGUUGUGGUCCUCUUGGAAGAGAUUUAUUUAGGUAUACGGUGGAAUUUUCAGUUUGCUUUUACAACCAAUUCACCUAAGGAUGCGCUGGGGGCAACAUGGAGUGUCGCCACACAUUCUGGCGGCAACGUAGAGUGUCUACAAUGCUCAGCAGAACAACACAGAACACAACAAGCAACAAAACAACAACAUUAAAAUAAGCUAUGUUUUUCCUUAACCACCCCACCCCACCCCACCCACACAUGCACGCAGGCAGUCCCCCCCAAUCUCCAGCAUAGGACUCCUGGCUUCAAUUCUGUACUUCCGAUUGAUCAUCAGCCUCUGAUCUCAGAAUCCGGUUUAAUAUUACCGGCAGAUGUAUCAUGAAAUUUGUUGUACUUUGGUAUCGACCCCGGACUGGCCGAUGAUGGGAUCUCAAACUCCCAGCUGACUGGCCCUUGUGCCCCCUGCUCACAAAGGCCCGUCUGAACCUGGGACAGCCCGAUACCCACGGAUGUCCCUUGACAUCUGUCCGAGCCGCUGGCUUUCGAGCAGAUUGUUAAUCAUAUUUCUUUCCACCCACCCACAUCCCGCAUUCAAAUCUGGAGAGCCCUUUUCCCUGUGUUGGAUUCUUAACCGGCAGUGUGGUAGUUUAUCCUUGUGUGCAGUUCUACUACGGUACUGGCAUCUGGGGCUGUAUCACAAGUUAAGGGCUUUGACGUGAUUUAAUUGUAAGAAGAUACAAGAGGUGCAACAUCAGGGUUUAGUUAGCAGUUUUAUUUGUAACUUCUCAGUAGAUGAAAUGGAUCUAUCAAUACUGAUAUAAAUUACUAAGAUCUAAAGAUAAAGCAGAGUUUUUAUUGCAUAUUGUCUGGAGAAAGUAUUACUUUUUAUUAAUAAAUGCAAUACGAAGAUAGUUACAUAGCUUUCA